AUGGCCGAGCCUCCUUCAUCGCCUCCCAGUGAGGCAGCCACGGCUGAGGAUGCCCUCACCUGGUAUAAAUCGCAGUACGAAAUGCUGGAAUCGGAGCUUGCCGAGUUUCGGGAGUCAAGUCGCGAGCUUGAACAGGAACUAGAGAAGGAUAUCGAGCGAGCGGAGAAGCAGGAGCGAGCUCUGCAGGAGAAGGUUGAAACCCUGGGGUUCGAAGUUGAAGAGUGGAAGAGGAAAUACAAGGAGUCCAAGAGUGAGGCUAGCGCUGCGCAAAACUCUCUGGAAAAGGAAAUUACUACUCUUCGAGAUUCGAACCGAUCGCUGCAGUUGAAGCUGAGAGAUGUCGAGGUGGCCAAUGACGAUUUUGAGCGCCAAGCUCGCAACACUACCUCUUCUCUGGAAGACAUGGAGUCCAAAUACAACCAGGCUAUUGAGCGGGGUGUCAUGAUGGAGGAGGAGAUUAAAUCUGGUGAGCAGGAAAGAGAAAAUCUGCGAAUCGAGUCACAGCGGCUUCGGGAAGAGCUCGCCGAGCUCAAGAUAGAGGCGGAGCUCAUGCAGGACAAGAUCAAGAAGUACGAAGCCCGACAUCUGUCUACCAUCUCGACCGACCUCUCUGUCAUGGGAUCACCGACAUUCGACAAGAACCUCGAGGAUUCUCCCAACUCGACUGCCAGUUCGCCGCUUAUCACCACGCCACCCGAGACCAAGUCUCUCCCCGCGGUCGAAUCGCUCUCGCAGGUACACGAGCCCCCGUCGCCGCCAAUGUCCGAUGCGUCAGCACCCAUUGCUAACGCAACUACGGCUGCCAAGCCUGGCGGUACGCUUCCUCGCAAGUCUCGACUGCCAUCUUUGGAUCACAGCGUAACUCCUAAGCCACGUGGAAAGCCUGCGGUUGCACGACAAGGUGGCCGUAUCUCGGGCGGGCCUUCGAGUCUUCGUACCCCGGCUCCGCGUUCUACGGCCACUCCCGGCUGGUCGAAGCAUAAGAUUCCUGCAUCUAACUCGCUCUCACAUAUUCGAUCACUCACUGCUCAGAUGCAGCGUCUCGAAGCUAGAGUGCACUCUGCAAGGUCCAAGCUACCAGCCCCUGCACAUACACCACCACGUGCGUCACCCAGACCAAUGGCCAACGGUUCCGGCGUUCCGUCAACGGUUACGAUCCGCUCUCGGAAGCGAACAACGGCGUCAUCCGCAUCGUCUCUUGCAGGAGACGAAACUACACCAACCAACUUUCGUUCAUCGACGUCAUCACGACCUAGCCAUGUCCCCAGACUUAGCACGUCGGGAGUCAGCAGGUUGUCCUUUGGGCCAUUACCAAAUAGAGCACCAGAAUCUGAUGCCAGUCACAGCCGCCCAAACUCCCGAGCAAGCGUAUCAUCAUAUGCGAGACCCUCGUCACGAACCGACAUGGUGCCGCCCCCACGUCCCAUGUCACGAUCAUCUAUAACCGGAGCACGCACACCUCUGGGUCGACCGAGAUCGUCUCUGAGCAUGCACGGGCACUCCCAAAGCAUGAGCCGCAUAGAAAUGGAAGAGGACUACGAAGGCGAGUUCCGCACUCCUAGCCGGCGCGGUACCUACUCCAAGCUCGAGAUGGAAGGGGCUGUCAGCGGCAUCCCAGUUCCCGGGACCUCAAUCCCCACGCCUGGCGCAAGACGACAGAGCGGCAACGGCCCCGGCGGCAGACGGACGAGCACGGGGGUUGGCACUGUGCGACCUGCCACCUCGGGUGGCAGAAAACUGAGCGACUUGGGCGAGACGUAUUAG